AUGGCAGCCCUGGCAGCCAGAGUAUCCAAGCAGCGGGCGGCCGCCGAAGGGCUUGGCUCUAACCAGAAGGCUGUGAAGUACCGGGGCCAAGACUUUGAGGCCCUGAGGCAACAGUGCUUGGACUCGGGGAUCCUAUUUAAAGACCCAGAAUUCCCAGCUUGUCCAUCAGCUCUGGGCUAUAAGGAUCUUGGACCGCACUCACCCCAAACCCAAGGUGUUAUCUGGAAACGGCCCACGGAAUUGUGUCCCAGCCCCCAGUUUAUCAUUGGUGGAGCCACGCGCACUGACAUUUGUCAGGGUAGUCUAGGUGACUGCUGGCUUCUGGCGGCCAUUGCUUCUCUCACAUUGAAUGAAGAGCUCCUCUACCGAGUAGUCCCCAGGGACCAGAACUUCCAGGAGAACUAUGCAGGGAUCUUUCAUUUUCAGUUCUGGCAGUACGGAGAGUGGGUGGAGGUGGUCAUUGACGACAGGCUGCCCACCAGGAACGGGCAACUGCUCUUCCUACACUCCGAAGAAGGCAAUGAAUUCUGGAGUGCUCUGCUGGAGAAAGCCUACGCCAAGCUCAAUGGUUCUUACGAGGCUCUUGCUGGAGGAUCCACAGUGGAGGGGUUUGAAGAUUUCACAGGUGGCAUCUCUGAGUUUCAUGAUCUGAAGAAGCCACCAGCCAAUCUGUAUCAGAUCAUCCGGAAGGCCCUCCGUGCAGGGUCUCUGCUAGGCUGCUCCAUUGAUGUCUCCAGUGCAGCCGAAGCAGAAGCCAUCACCAGGCAGAGGCUGGUUAAGAGCCACGCAUACUCAGUCACUGGAGUUGAAGAGGUGGAUUUCCGUGGCCAUCCAGAGAAGCUGAUCAGACUCAGGAAUCCAUGGGGUGAAGUGGAGUGGUCGGGAGCCUGGAGCGAUAAUGCACCCGAGUGGAAUCACAUAGAUCCCAGGAAGAAGGAAGAGCUGGACAAGAAAGCCGAGGAUGGAGAGUUCUGGAUGUCAUUUUCAGAUUUCUUGAGGCAGUUUUCUCGACUGGAGAUCUGCAACCUGUCCCCAGACUCUCUGAGCAGUGAGGAAGUGCACAAGUGGAAUCUGGUCCUGUUCAAUGGCCACUGGACACGGGGCUCCACUGCUGGAGGCUGCCAGAACUACCCAGCCACCUACUGGACCAAUCCCCAGUUUAGAAUCCACCUGGAUGAGGUGGAUGAGGACCAGGAAGAGGGCGCCGGUGAGCCCUGCUGUACGGUGCUGCUGGGUCUGAUGCAGAAGAAUCGCAGGCGGCAGAAGAGGAUAGGACAGGGCCUGCUGAGCAUCGGCUACGCUGUCUACCAGGUUCCCAAGGAGCUGGAGAGUCACACGGACACACACCUGGGCCCAGACUUCUUCCUGGGCCUCCAGCCCUCCGCGCGCUCUAGCACCUACGUCAACCUGCGUGAGGUCUGCGGCCGGGCCCGGCUGUCCCCAGGGGAAUACCUCGUGGUGCCGUCCACCUUUGAACCCUUCAAAGAUGGCGAGUUCUGCUUGAGGGUGUUCUCAGAGAAGAAGGCCAAGGCCCUGGAAAUUGGGGGUGCUGUAGCCGGAAACUCACAUGAGCCACAUCCCAGCGAGGUGGACCAGGAAGAUGGCCAGUUCAAGAGCCUGUCUGAGAAGCUUGUGGGGAAGGAUUCUGAAGUCAGUGCCAAUGAGCUCCAGACGAUUCUGAAUGGGGAGUUUUCCAAACGAGCAGACAUAAAAUUCGAUGGGUUCAACAUCAACACUUGCAGGGAGAUGAUCAGUCUGUUGGACAGCAAUGGGACAGGCACUUUGGGACUGGAGGAAUUAAAGAUGCUUUGGCUGAAGAUGCAGAAGUAUCUGGAGAUCUACCGGGAAAUGGAUUAUAACCACUUGGGGACCAUCAACGCCCAUGAGAUGAGGAUAGCCCUCAAGAAGGCAGGCUUCACUCUCGACAACCAGGUGCAGCAGACCAUUGCCCUGCGGUAUGCGAACAGCAAACUCCACAUCGACUUCGAUGGCUUCGUUUCCUGUUUGACCCGCCUGGAGACCCUCUUCAAGCUGUUCAGGCUUCUGGACAAGGACCGGAAUGGCACCAUCCAGCUCUCUCUGGCUGAGUGGCUGUGCUGUGUGUUGGUCUGACCCCGGAUUUGGAUUUCAGUGACACUCUCUGCCUCCCUGUCUUGGCUCUUUUGUCUCCUCUACGAUUUGUGAUGUUUAUCCUUGAGUGUCAUUUACUGGUUACUCACCUCUUUCUUGCCUCCUGUUGUUCCCCAAGAGCCUGGCCUGUCCCAGGAGAGCAGGCUGGGAUCCCUGGAUCUCAUUCAGCAGCUUAGGAGCUAUUUCAGCUGACCCAAGAGCCCAGGGUGGGAAAGCAACCCAUUAAACUUGUGGACCAGGGGCUGGUAGGUUGCAUGGUGGUUAAGGCACUGAACUCCUACAUGGCC